AUGGUUAAAGUAAACUUUUCAACUCUCUCAAAGUCAGCUAAAAAGUUUGCAAAGGAGAAAGAGACAGAGAUCAAGGGUCAGAUCAUGGAAGACCCAUUCUCUCUUGUGCCAGUCGAUGCAGUCAUUGGUCUUGUCAAGGACCCAGUGGGCUUCCUCUCUGAGAAGUUCAAUGACAAGGAGUUCCUUGGAGAAUGCAUUGCAACUGCCUUGAGUUGUGUUCCUUAUGUAGGCCCAAUUCUAUCGACAGUGUUCUCUAUGUUCUGGCCCAAGGACCCCAACGCAGCCGUCAUCACCAAGGGUGAAUUAGAGGCACGUCUGACUGAGUUCAGGACCGAGAUGGAGAAGGUCAUCGACACCAAGAUCGACGCGGCCAUCACCGAAAGCGAGAGUUCAAUGUGGAAGAGUUUGGUGGCUGCCUUCUUUGAGACUCUCAUCGACCGCGUUGAGGAUGCCAAGGACCUUGUCAACUGCCUCAAGCGUGGAUUGCUCGACGAUGCUGAGGGAUGCGACAAGAUCAAGACUGACGUCCGUGUAGCGAUGGAGCAGAUCCGCCAGAAGGCCAAAGAGCUCUCCAACUUCUGCCGCAAUCCCAAGUUCGCCAAGCAUGUGCUCAAGUACCACUACCAUGUGAUGUUCAUCCUUGUGGCCACCCAUCGCCAGAUGGACGCCUUUUGGUACCAAUUCGACAUUGACCCCCGCUUUGUCAUGGGUGCACCUGCUAUUCCCAAGCAUAAUCUCAAAGAGAUCAGAUCCCUGGCUGAGAAGCUGCACGUCUAUAUCUCCAAUGCAAUGGGCGCCAUUGCUAAAGGAGUGAUGGACAACGUCAAGGACAAGAAGACUGAUCGCAACAGUUGCUAUGAUGAGUACUCUGCCAAGUUGUUCCUCAGCGACAUGUACCUCUAUCCAUGUCCCUUGUUCAUUGCCCCCGCCAGCACCUCCGACACCAUCACCGUGCCAGACAAGGGAUCAAAGUUCAUCUAUCGAAUUGAUGCAGCCAACUUCAAGGCUAGGUACCCAUCAAGCAGGGAUUGGAAGGAUGCAGCCCAAGUUGAUGUCUUGACAGGUUGCAAGGGCAUGAUUCUUGGUGAGGGUCCAUCCAUCACUUUGAAGCUUGCAAAGAAGUGCAACGUCCGUGUUAGAGUCUUUGGACAAUACACCAAGGACAUCACCUUGCUUGAUUUGGGAUAUGACAAGGUCAUCCCCACUGUCUCUGAUUCGAUGCCCGCACCAUCACUGUUCAAGAUACCCUCUGGCUUUGAUAAUUUUGAUUGGUUGAUCACUGGAUUCGCCAAGAUGGACAGGUUGACCAACAUUGACACCCUCAACUUGACAUUCUCAAUGGAUCCUGAAGAGGCGAUGCAUAGAAUGGAAGGAGACUCAAUGGUCAAAGCUGGAAAUGGAUGUGUCAAGUUCGUAGAGUUAAUCAUCACUUCUAUUUAA